AUGGAUGCCGAGAUUGAUUCACUGCUCGAAGAUAUCUCCGCGUAUUUGCCCAGCGACCAGCGGAAACGCAAGGUCUAUGUCACAAUAACUUAUGCCCAAAGCAUCGACGGUCGUGUGGCAGGCCGGCGAGGAGAGCGGACGAAGAUUUCUGGUCCAGCAUCGAGUAAAAUGACGCACUUCCUAAGAGCGAAACACGAUGCCAUUCUGGUAGGCAAUAACACUCUUGUGAUUGACGAUCCAGGUCUAAACUGCAGAUACCCGGGCUGCAAAUCAUCUCCCACACCUAUUCUGCUCGACUCUUUGUUCUCCUGGGGCGCCAGCGAGAAAGAGUGGAAUAUCCUGAAAAACGCCCGUCUUGGCGUAGGUCAGCCGCCCUAUCUAUUUACUUUGAACACCGUAAACCUCGAAUUAGAGCCGUUCAAACAGCGGAAAACAGCUAUCGAGGAGGUAGGUGGGAAGGUGCUGCAGCUGCCGGACAUGAAAUGGCCAACUAUUCUUAGUGCCCUGGAAGACAACGGAAUCGAGUCCCUGAUGAUCGAGGGCGGUGCCACGGUCAUUGGCAGCUCGCUGGAAGCCAACAUCUCUGACGCUAUCAUUGUUACUAUUGGAUCAAACUAUCUGGGUAUCAGUGGUGUUGAAGCCGCACCGACGGCUAAGGUUGCUCUGAAAAACGUCAAAUGGGCGUCGAUUGGAGACGAUUGUAUUCUCUGCGCACGCCAAGUUGCUGCUGAGGAUUAG